CGUUUAUCGACACCUAGCAGCUGCUUGCCUAAUUUUUGUCUACCUGGUUUUCGUUUAAAUGUAUGAAUUUUUGACUCAUUAAGCCUAAGGCCACCGUGCAUUAUGCUCGGUUAUAAAAAAAAUAAAAUUUAAAUACCAGCUGACACCUAAAUCACAUAACAUCGACUAGCACUUUGCCUAGGCAAACAAUAACAAAGCACGGUGCUGACUAAGCGGCGAAAGUGGUUGCAACAAAGUCCAAUUACUAUCAUUCGCAGUAUUCCAUGGUAUCCAGCGCGGUGGUGCCACAGGCGAGCGGACGCCUUGUGCCUCCCGAAGAACUGGCCAUGCAGGGCCUAACUAAGCAGCUGUACAAAUCCCGCCUCUUUCGCGGUUAUUACCUGGAGCGCUGCUUUGUAGAGCAGGUUGGCGACUACCGGGACGUGGUGGUGCUGCAGCGUAGCGAACGUGAGCUGGAGAAGAUGCUGCAUACUAGUGCUGACCAGCUGCAAAGGUUUUACCGACGUUUUGUACCCAAUAUGUGGGUGGGUAUCACCAGCGGCAGUUAUGGAAGCUAUAAACACACACCAGAUCCAGGUCAACUGGAGACCUGCAUCUGGACGGAGACCAGUGACUUGGCUUUCGGAGAGUAUUGGUUUAGCAUCAAGACUUUGCGAUUCCGGGACCAGGAAAUCCAGUUCAAACUGAAGAUGGUCCGACCUGUAGAGGCUGAACCAAUUGCCACACCAAGGAGAUCACUAUCCUUAAACAGGAGUAGCACCACCAAAGCGAUCACAGCGGGUGAAGGUUCCACUAAAACGGUCGAAGUGACGGAACAACUACAGCUUGGCCUCAACGAUUUCCUGAUCGUGCUACAGCAGUGGGGAGAUGGAGUAAAACAAACCGUUUACGACUUCAUGGCCAACGAUGUCAACAAGAGAAACAUAUUGAGCACCAUUCGGUUUCUAGGUCUGCUUAUCUUCUCUGCUUUGGGUGGAGCAGUCGUAGCCCUUCGGUUCUUGGGCAUCUUUACUGUGCGCUUUCUGUUUGAGCUCAGCCGCUUCACACACACGGUCACGCCAAUUGUGUUUAAGCUAAUCGAGUUUCUAAACAAGAUUGUAGGGGCUUUCUUCAUCUUACUCACCAUGAUUUGGAAGGACCUAGUCAAUCGUGGUCAGCCGGUAUUAAAGCAGCAGCAACUGGAGGCGAGUAGCCGAUUCAAGAGCAUCCAAUACGAACGUUCCGAGCCUCACCGAAGAAGUCCUCGGUAGUGACCCGUAUCCAAGAACAAUCUACCUAGCUAAAUAUGUGUAAUUAGUGCGGGGUGGAAGGGCAACUUUAAAUCAUUGAAAUUGUGUUACUAGCCGUAAGAAAACCGACGCCAAUCCCAAAUCCCGCUUCAAGUUUGAAGGUAUUUGCUCCGCAAAUAUGAGGGCACCUAUGAGAUUUCCCGAUUUUAACCAAACUGCAAUAUUGUAAAUUAUUUAAUUGGCAUGCCGUUGGCACACAAUCGCGUGCUUAUUAACGUCCAUUGUUAAUUCAUUGUGUAUUGUUCAAAAGUUUGUUUUAUUUAACCCGUUUAGUGUUAGAUCCUGUAAUUUAUGUAUGGAAAAUUAUUGUGAAUAAAUUGAAUGCAAUAUGCGAAAAUCGAAA